GUGUCAAAUGGAACGUUGACAAGCCAGGAUUGGAGAGGAUGGGAUUGGAAGCGAAAGGUACAACUUCCAAGGAAGGAUGUAUGAGGAAGACUUCGAUAGCCUGCCCGGAAGUUAUGGUAGAUGGGAAUUCUGAAGAGGAAGAGGAACGCUUAUAA